AAUUCGAAGGUGAAAACCUACUCCACCAAUCAGGAACCUUCUUCUCCGGCUUCGAAUCUUCCUCCACCGUGGCAGCUUUCACUCUACUAGAACUGUCUAGAAGUACCAAAUAUCAAGAAUUAGCAAGAAUAGAUAUCUUAAGAGCUAUAGAGAAAAACGGUUGGAUCUAUGAGAGUUUCAACGACAUGAAAUUUUUGGAUCAGUGUAUUGCAGAAAGUGUUCGCCUGCACCCUCCAGUUUCCACUGUGGACAGGCAAGCAAAAGAAGACUAUAAGAUACCUGGUACAGAAGUAAUAAUUGAAAAAGGUACAGCCAUCUACAUAUCUCUAUAUGGACUGCAUAGAGAUCCGAAAUACUUCGACAACCCGGAUGAGUUUGAUCCAAAUCGGUUCAAUGGAAAAGCUCUUCCUGACGCUUACAUUCCUUAUGGCGCUGGACCUAGGAUGUGUGUUGGUGUGAAAGCCGGACAGCUGCACGCAAAAGUGACAGUCGCGAUGAUACUGUCACAAUACGAAAUCUACCAAAGUGAAAACGUAGUGACCGAGUUGGAUUCAAGAUCAACGUUUACAGCAGCAUGUGACGGGAUACGGAUGGAAUUUAGGAAAAUUUAAACAGAUCCACCAAAAGUUAGUAACAUACCACUAAGUAUAAGCCGACUUUCAAGGUUGAGCACAACCUCACACGAUGAACUCGCACCGUUAGUAUAAUAAUGCCAAUACAAAAUGACAAUGAGGCAUUGAGAAUCUUUCCGAUGA